AUGAGGCUAGCUCCUCUCUACCUUGUACCUCCGAGCGUCGCCCCAACUGCAGCCGUGGUAUGGCCAUGUGCCAACAACCAUCGCCAUGCCUAUGCCCCUACCGCGAGAGCUACCACCACCGCCCAUCGCCUGCGAACGACGUGCGCAGCAGCAGCAGCUGCACAAGACGGACCCGACAACGGCGCGAACACCGAGCGACUGCUCGCCCUCGGCCGGCAACAUACCCAGGCGGGUGAUCUAGAGUCCGCCGUCUACCAGUUCGAGCAGGCCGCUAGCCAGGCCCCGCGAUCGGCGGUGUGUCAGACAGAGCUCGGCCGAGCCCUCGUCCGACUGGGCAGAGGCCAGGAAGGGUUCAACUGCCUCGUGGCUGCCUUCGGGAUCGACUCUCUGUGUCCGGGCGUCAAGGACGGCUUCCGCGAGUACUACAGGGCUGAGAUUGAGGCCGACCCGAACAACAUCGACCUCCAUGAAGGCCUGGCGGCGCUCUGCGUCGACUCCGGCAAUCCCGAAGAGGCUGCCGCUCUCUACCGCCGCUGCCUCGGGCUGCACGCGGCAGCAUCAGCAGAGGGAGGGGGGAGAACACCGAGCUUUUCCUCGUCGGAUCCUUCCGCAGCAGGUCAUCUCUCCUCCAAGGAGGCCACAGAAGCGGCGGCCGCGGCUCGAAAGGACCGGUGGUCAGUGGCGCUGUUCAAGUGCAACGCUUCGCUCUGCCAGUGGGACGACUGGAACGGCGAAGCUCUCACCCUGAGGACUGCCGUUCGGCGGCGGGAGCGGCGGCGGCGAGGGCGAACAAGAGGAGGGGGGGUUGGAGGGCGGUUGUCGUCGGUGGAGGACGAUGGCGAUCUGGUACAUAGAUUGUUGCUCGGAUACGAAGACGACGACUUCGAACGGUUGGUGCCCCGAGACAAGCAGCAAAGGCAGGGCAACAAUGUUGGUGACAGCGACAACGGUGGCGUUAACGGAGACGCCGGCGCUGGCCCAUCGCGACCAGCCCUCCACCCUUUCGACUCUCUGAGCGCUCCUCUGUCCAUCGGCGACUGCCUGGCAGUCGCGCAGCAGCAGACCUCAGGGGUGCUGUCAGAGGCAAGGGGCGGGAACAGCGGGCCUCGAGGCAGAGACGAGGAGAAAAGAAUAUUGGGCGAAGAAGGCGUGGGGGGGGUGCAGGGCCAAUCGCUGCGGCAGUUUCAUUCCGGUUUCUCAUCACCGUCUUCGUCGCCACUCUUGCGAGAUGAGAGGGGACGCGUGCGCCUGGGGUACGUGAGCGGAGACCUGAUGGGGACCCACCCCCUGACGCACCUCAUGCAGAGCACCUUUGGGAUGCACGAUCGUGACAGCUUCGAGGUAUUCCUGUACGCUCUCAACCCCGACGACGGCUCGGCGCCGAGGCGGCGCAUGGAAAGGGAGGUGGAGAACUUCCGAGACCUGAGCAUGAUGACCGCCGGAGAGGCGGCCGCGGCAAUCGCGGACGAUGGAGUUGGUGUCCUCGUGAACCUCGGCGGCUACGCCGGCACCGUGAAGAGUGCGGACAUCUUCGCCCUGCGCCCCGCCGCGGUAGCCGUGAGCUACAUGGGCUUCCCCGGAACCAUGGGCUCUUCCGAGAUGGUGGACUACAUUCUCGCCGACGCGGUGGUUGUUCCGCCCGAGUUGAGACGUUUCUAUUCCGAGAAGGUGCUGGACAUGCCUCACUGCUACUUCGUCAACGACUACCGACAGAGCGAGCGCGGGGUGAUAGAUUCUCCCGCCCCCGAAAGGGCGGACCACGGACUAUCUCUACCGCCACCGCCUCCAUGGCCGCUGCCGCCGGCAACGGAAGAAGACAAGGAGGGAGGCGGCAUCCUUACCGCAGCGGCAGCAGCGUCAGGGGCAGCACCGCUCGUAAGGGACGGCCGCGACUACGGCGUGGGUGGUCGCUCCCGGCGUGCAACGCACCGCCGCCGAGAUGGCGGUGGUCCGGGCGGUGGUCACAACGGCGAGCGUGCUGCGGCGUGGUCUCCCGUUCCCGGAAGGUGGCGGCGCGGCGGCGGCAGGGGAACCAUGAAGGAACAAGGUGCUUUGGAGAACGUCUCGCGGGAGCGGGAGGGAGAAGGCGACGGGCGGCGGGUAGUGCUGUGCAACUUCAACCGUCUCCACAAGCUUGAUCCGCACACUUUUGGCGCCUGGAUGGAGGUUCUCAGAACGGUUCCUGGAACGGUCUUGUGGUUGAUCGACGGCGGCGAGACGGCCCGCACCAACCUCCUGCGGCAGGCCAGGCUCGCGGGGGUGGACGAAUGGCGCGUAGUGUUUGCGCCCCUGGUUGGAAAGGAGGAGCACCUCCAACGGCUCCGUCUAGCGGAUCUGUUCGUGGACACUCCGCUUUACAACGCGCACACUGUGGGUUGCGACGCCCUAUGGGCCGGGGUGCCGAUGGUGACCCUGCGAGGUGCCAAGAUGGCCUCGAGGGUCGGGGCUUCUCUUGUGGAAGCCGCGGGGAUGCCCGAGCUGGUCACCGACUCGUUGGAGGAAUACACCCAGCUUGUGCUGGCGUUGGCGAGAGACAACGAGCGUCGCGGUGAUCUCCGGCAGAAGUUGGAGAGAGCGCGCCUGACGUGCCCGCUCUUCGACACGCGGCGGUGGGUCCGCGACGCGGAAGACGUGCUGCGACAGGCAUGGGAGAGACACGAGGCCGGACUGCCACCGGCGCACUGCAGCCGUCAUCGCGUCAGUGUCGAGGGCGCCGAACGACGUGGUGGGGGGGAGGGGGGGUGCAGUUAG